AUGUCUUCCCCCCUCACAAUCCUCAUCACAGGCGCAAAUCGUGGCAUUGGCUUCGGCCUAGUAAAUCUUUACCUAUCUCGCCCUUCUACAACCGUGAUAGCUACAGUCCGCGACCCUGCCACCCCUUCCACCAAAGCCCUCCAGUCUCUUCCCCGCGCACCAGCCUCCCACCUCAUCGUCAUCACCCUCGAUCUCGCAUCCACCGGAUCCAUCAACACCGGCAUCCAGUCGUUGACAAUAGAACACAAUAUCCACGCUCUCGAUGUUGUAAUCGCAAACGCUGGUAUCGCAGGCACAACGCCCCCGUUACUCUCUUGUACCACAGCCGACCUGCAAACCUACAUCGACGUCAAUGCAUUUGGCUCGUUGAAGCUGUACAAAGAGGUGCUUCCUCUCUUGCUGAAAAGCAAAGCCCAGCCCAAAUUCAUCUACAUGUCCAGCGCGGGCGGCAGCCUGACCAGCAUGAGCACCAUCGUGCCGUUAGCGGCAUACGGAGCGAGCAAGGCGUUGGGCAACUUUCUCUUCAAGUGGCUUGCGCUCGAACAGGAAGGCGAGGAGAAGGUGGUGGUUUGGUGUCAACAUCCUGGUAUGGUCGCGACAGACAUGGGGAAAGCCGGCUUCGAGCUCCUCGCAAAACAAGGAAUCGAUCUGUCCGCGCACAUCAUCUCCGUGGAGCAGAGCACGAAUGGAAUCAAGAACGUGAUUGAGAAUGCCACUUUGGAGAGUACGAAUGGGAAGUUCCUUGGUCCUGAUGGUGGGGAGUUGCCUUGGUGA